CGAAUGGAAAGACCCCCCCACCCACAAUACCUUACUAUUCUCCUAAACUUUCCUUCGGCGUCCCCUCUCCUUUUUUCUUGAAAACUUUAACCCACACUUAGCACGUAUGGGGAGACCCCUUUUUCUUUCUGGGUAACACGGACACAGGAUUCUUCUUUUAAUUAAUCCUUAUCUGGAUCUACCGCUGGCAUCAACAGCAGCACCACUGCUGCCUCUUGAUGUUGUGAUCGCUAAUGCGCAUGCGCCCGGAAUUGGAAUUACUGCACUGGCGAGAACAACUUAGACCUCGUCAAGUCUUCAAAAAAAUAAGAAAAUAGCAUAAUUGAAGAAUGGAAGCCUUUGUGGUAAGAGGGACGAGCACGACGUGUUUCUUGUUGAUCUUUUUUAUGGCAGCUUUGAUGCGCGCUCAAAGUGGCAGUGUCAACGACCCUAGCAAUAUGCCUUUGGUCAAAGAAACUGUGGACAGACUGUUAAAGGGUUAUGAUAUACGACUGAGACCAGAUUUUGGAGGUCCUCCAGUUGGAGUGGGAAUGAAUAUAGACAUAGCCAGCAUAGAUAUGGUAUCCGAAGUCAACAUGGACUACACAUUGACAAUGUACUUCCAGCAAGCCUGGCGAGACAAGCGACUGUCCUACUCCGAGAUUCCACUCAAUCUGACUUUAGAUAACAGGGUGGCAGACCAGCUCUGGGUCCCUGACACCUACUUCCUCAAUGACAAGAAGUCAUUUGUUCAUGGUGUCACUGUGAAAAAUCGAAUGAUCCGACUGCAUCCGGAUGGCACUGUUUUGUACGGUCUAAGGAUUACUACUACAGCUGCUUGUAUGAUGGACCUACGGAGGUAUCCUCUGGAUGAGCAAAACUGCACACUUGAGAUAGAGAGUUAUGGUUACACCACUGAUGAUAUUGAGUUUUACUGGCGAGGAGGACAUAAUGCUGUGACAGGGGUGGACAAGAUUGAACUUCCCCAAUUUUCCAUUGUGGAUCAUAAGCUCAUCUCCAAGAAUGUUGUCUUCUCUACAGGUUCCUAUCCACGUCUUUCCCUGAGUUUCAAGCUAAAGAGGAAUAUUGGAUAUUUUAUCCUGCAGACAUACAUGCCUUCUAUCCUCAUCACCAUCUUGUCUUGGGUCUCUUUCUGGAUCAACUAUGAUGCCUCUGCUGCUAGAGUGGCCCUGGGUAUUACCACGGUGCUCACCAUGACAACGAUUAACACCCACCUGAGAGAGACGCUUCCCAAAAUCCCUUAUGUCAAGGCCAUUGACAUGUACCUCAUGGGCUGCUUUGUGUUUGUCUUCAUGGCUCUGCUGGAGUAUGCACUGGUGAACUACAUCUUCUUUGGCCAGGGUCCUCAGCGUCAGAAAAAAGCAGCUGAGAAAACAGCAACAGCAAACAAUGAAAAGAUGAGGAUAGAUGCAAAUAAGUGGCUUGUGGGAAAUGUAGUUGGCAGAGAUGAUACCCUUUACGCAAGAAUGAAACAGAGAGACCUAGCUGGCCAUGAUUCAAUAUGGGAGCCAAUCUUUAUGGAUGAUGCUGCACUUGGACUUGGUGAUCAAAAAAACAAGAUGGACUCACAUGAAAACAUCCUCUUGGGUACCUUGGAUAUCAAGAACGACAUGGGUGUCACAGAGCUGGCUCUAGGUCUCAAUGAUCCACGGAAUACCAUGUUAACAUAUGACAGCUCAAAUCUGCAAUAUCGCAAAUCAGGGCUGGCAAGACACAACUUUGGGCGAAAUGCUCUGGAUCGCCACAUGACUCAAAAGAAAAGCCGACUACGGAGGCGGGCCUCUCAGCUGAAAGUAAACAUUCCAGAUUUGACUGAUGUAAACUCUAUUGACAAAUGGUCACGGAUGAUCUUCCCUACGGUUUUUUCCUUCUUUAACAUUAUUUACUGGCUUUACUAUGUCAAUUAAACACAAAUCAUAAAAGUAAAAGCAAGUGCAGCUAAAUCAAAAAAAGAAUUUAUUGUAUGUGUUUGAGUGACUUUAUAUAUAUUUUCUUUUUAAAGCUGGAUGAAACUGCUGUGUUCAAGACUAGAUCCAUAAUUUUUUGGAACACAAUCUUUGCUGGGUAACACAAAACAACCUUAUGUAUAAGAGAUUACAGACUUAUAAGGUGCCUGUUCCUAAAUAUUUGUUUAAAGUGUUACAUGCUUUUGUUUUAUUCUGUAUUGUGAUGUUUAGGUUUGUUUGCCUUUUUGUUAAUUUAUUAUGCUCAUUCAAACUUUAUAUUCAUCAGUCAAUUAGAUAUAAACUGAGAUAAAACAACUUCAAAGUUAUGUUGACGAAAGCUAUGUUAUCACCACAGGUCAACAGGGUUUUCUCACCAUAAUCAUUUCAAAGACUACACAAUACCACUAAUCCAUCAAACUGCAUGAAAUUGCUUAAAGAAGUUCACAGAAAAUACUUAAGAUUCACCAUUUCUUGUAUGAUAAAAGGUGAAUUUUAUAAAACCAAUGUUUUUUAAAACUUUUUCUAGUGUGUGAAAUUGGUGGUAUUACAUCAUUGUAUUUUUCAGACAUCUUUGUCAGUUGGACUUCUUCUUCUGUAAAAUCACAAAAAGAAGAGAAAACUACCACAAAACCAAAAUUUCUGUUUGAUCUGCUGCAAAUCAAAAUCCAGACAGAGUUGAGGAAAAAAAAUUGACAAAAUAGUAUAAAAUAUCAAGGUUUUGUAAGUAGAUUAACUGGCUAAAGCCGAACAUGGUUAUCAGACAUUACCUAAAAGAACAUAAAAGAUCUUAAAAAUGUAAAAUAGUUCAACAUUUUUUGUAUCUGCUUUCAUAUAUUGCAGGUCCAUAUAUUAUAUACAUCCAUUACAUAUAGAGGAAAAUGUACAAAUUUUUUAUUUCUACUAAUAUUAACCCUAAGUAUGGCUUUAAGAUAAUCUGAACCCACAAUGUAUUAGCUCAGAAAAUUUUUAUUUUUAAAAAAUAUUGACAAUUCAAUUUAUGCCGUUACACCCUAUAAUAAGACCAAUCAACACAGCUGCAAAUGUUUUUUGUUUUUAUUUGGCCUUACUGUAGUCUCUCAGUCUUGUCAGAAGGCUAUACAUUCAUGGGGAAGACUGUGGGUUUGUAAGAUGUCCAGAAAACAGUCACUGAGACCAGAGUAGAGAUUGUAAAGCCACCAAAGUUUAUGCUAAAGAAACUAAUAGGUAACAGAGUGUCGUAUUCAAGCAUUAUCACAGAAAAUUUAAAGGAAAAAGGGUGGUGGGAAAAGGGGUACAAGCAAAAGGAGAACUUGAUUUAAUCAAUUAGAAAAUUAGUGGAAGCUAAACAAGGCCCUUACUGAGGUCAACUUAACCACAUCAAGAUCCACAUUACUCAUACACAUGGGACAAGUGUCUUACUUGGGGCUUGUGGGGAAGAACUGUAGCUCAGGGGUCCUAAAUGAACUUUUCUGUAAAUCACUAGAAGCCACGCAUUUUCCCCUUAGCUAUCCCUUUUCUAUUAAUUUAUGUUAUAUUCUAAUUUUCUAAAACUCUAAAUUUUGGAUGUCCAUUAUUAUUUAACGUAGCAUAAUUUUCCUGAAGAAUUACGGGCUACGUUCACACUGCAGCCUGAAAUGACCCAAAUUCUGCUUUGUAAGCAAUUUGUGACCUGUAUUUCAUAUUUUCAUGACAAUCUGAAGAAAACAGAUCUGAUUUUUUCAAAUUCCAGCUGCGUCGAAAUAGUUAGGUGGCAUUCAUCUGACCUGAACAUCAUUAAUACUUGACAAAGAUCACUGUUCUGCUUGUUGCUAUGCAGAUGCGUCAAAAAAAAAACAGCAACCAUGGUAUACGAUGAUGUGAAGACCAGUCAUUCUUUUCGACCUUCU